AUGAUUUCUCCCUUUUUUCAAUUAGGAACCAAAAUUGAGUAUCAAAUAUGGAGACGUCGCCCAUCAUCAUCUUCUUCUUCAAAGCAGCAGCAGCAUAUUUGGUCUACUCGUGUACAUCGCGAGAUAGAAAAGUGCCGUAUACCAGGUGCACUUCCUUGUGGUGCUACAUUGCGACGCGCGUAUGUAUCACAAACCCGUGGAUUGUGCGAAGGCGAAUUCCAUUGUUUUGUCCCAUUUGUUGAUGGCUCGGACGCGCUUUUCUUGAUUCCGUUGACGCAUUUGGUCAUUCGUAUGCCUUUUCUUGAUGAUCAAGUAGCUGCAGGUCAAGUACAAUAUCCCUUUUUAGCUCCUGAAGUGGAAAUUCGUCAUGGUGCCAUGUAUUUACCACCUGGACUCCGGAAACGAAAGUUACCCAAAUCAGGCGAAAAAGAACCCAUUUUUAUACUCCAGUUACCUUUAUUAAACCAAUGGAGUCCAUCCACUACAUUGACAAUGCUAGUGCAUGAGUUCUUUCAGUUAGUACAGCAAGAUGACCCGGCGCCGACCAAAUUUCUUUCAACAGGAGGCAAGAAUUUGUGCGAGCAGAAUGGGUACAAAAAUGGACACUUGAGAAGAAAAAAGACCAUGAAAAUGCGCAAAAAAGACGUCCGUGGAGCAGUGUACCCAUGUCAAGAAAUCGACCCGACCACAUCCACGUUGAGACAGACGCCAAUGUUGUUACAGACAGGAAAAAUUGCUCUACUUCUACCAUCAAGGGAAGCAGCAGGUCAGAAAGAUGAUGACUAUGUGUAUGUUGGAGAUCUGAUUUUAUUGCAGGACAUUGUCCGCAUUACUCCACAGCGAGGCAAGUCGUUGACGUUAUUUUUUAAGGACACAUCAUUGCCGUGUCGAACAUUCUUGAGUCAAUACACGGACGAAAUUGUAAGGGAUCUACGCGUCAUGAUUGGAGAAGUGAACUCGAAUAAACGUGGACGGGGUCAAACUGGUUCUGGAGCUGCUGGAUUGGCGACGCAAUUGUUGCCGUUUUUGAGUGUGGAUCAAUCGGAAAAAGCUAAGGAAAUGUCAACUAAACUCAUUGGUAGACUUGGAAAAGUUGCUACGUCCGUCUCGCGCUUUCUGCGUGGUGAUGAGGACGAUGCAAUGGGGCAGCAACAGACGAAUCUUUUGGAUAAGGUAUUUGCUGAAAUUGACGAGCAGAAGGAAGCGUUUUACCGCACGCCGUCCAAAGCGAGGAUGACAGAGAUCACGCGGCGUUACCAGAACAUUGCAGAGAAAUACGCGUACCUCAAUAAUGAAGAAGGUCAUGUUGAACGCGCCAUUUCAGAGCUGCAGCUAUUCAUCGAGCAUCCUAAGGCACAACGCAUCCUUGUAGAAGCCUCUGUCUACGAGCAGUCCACAAGGGGUAUUCGUGUUGGUCCAGCAUAG